AUGAAGAAGAUGUGUGCUUGCACUAUUUCGUUUUUGCUCCUGAAGUUUUCUCUCAUCUUGGGCUGUUUGACAGAACCAAUUUGCUUUUGGAGGAUAAAGAAUAGUGAAGAUAAUGAUGGAGAUUUGAGAAGUGACUGUGGUUUUUUCCUUUGGACAACGGAAGAACUUAUUGAAGACAAUUGGUAUAAAGAAAUUAUUGAUUUUAGAAUACCAGCAAGAAGAUACGAGUUUUUUCUUGUAAUGUUUUUUGCUACUCAUGAGAUCAACGAGAAUCCUUAUCUUUUACCCAAUAUGUCUUUCAUGUUCUCCAUUGUUGUUGGUCUGUGUCAAGAUACAUUGGGAGGUCUGGAUAAAUUAUAUUCACAACAAAACAAUAGUCAUAAUUUUAUUAACUAUAUCUGUGAACAAUAUCAAACUUGUUAUGGAGACCUUAUAGGCCCAUCGUGGAAAACAUCCUUAAAACUGUCAAUUCAUUCCAUGGCACCAAAGGUUUUCUUUGGACCAUUUAAUCCUAGCCUAAGUGACCAUGACCGGUUGCCAUAUGUCCAUCAGAUAGCCACCAAGGACACACAAUUGUCCCAUGGCAUGGUCUCCUUGCUGCUUCAUUUUAAAUGGACUUGGAUAGGAGUGGUCAUUUCAGAUGAUGACCAGGGCAUUCGGUUUCUCUCAGAUUUAAGAGAAGAAAUACAAAGGCAUGGGAUCUGUUUAGCUUUUGUGAAUGUGAUCCCAGAAUCCAUGGAGAUAUACAUGAAAAAGGCUAAGGUAUAUGAUAAACAAAUUAUGGCAUCUUCAGCAAAGGUUGUUAUCAUUUAUGGUGAAAUGAACUCUACACUAGAAAUCAGCUUUAGAAGGUGGGAAUAUUUAGGUGCUCAGAGAAUUUGGAUCACAACCGCACAAUGGGAUUUUAUCUCAAAGAAAAAAGAAUUCAGCCUUGAUUACUUUCAUGGGACUGUCACUUUUGCACACCACAGAGAUGAGAUUCCUAAAUUUAGGAAUUUUAUGCAAACUCUGGACCCUGACAAAUACCCAGUAAACAUUUCUGAGUCUAUACUGGGGUGGAAUUAUUUUAAUUGUUCUUUCUCUAAGAACACCAAUAAAAUGGAAAAUUUUAAAUUCAUCAAUACAUUGGAGUGGACAGCAGUGCACAAAUAUGAUAUGGCCCUCAGUGAAGAAGGUUACAAUUUGUAUAAUACUGUGUAUGCUGUGGCCCACACCUAUCAUGAACUCAUUCUUCAACAAGUAGAGUGUCAGAUGCCGGCAGGAUACAAAGGAAUAUUUACUGACUGUCAGCAGGUGUCUUCCUUGCUGAAGACCAGGGUAUUUACUAAUCCUGUUGGAGAACUGGUGAACAUGAGUCAUAGGGAAAAUCAGUGUGCAGAGUAUGACAUUUUCAUCAUUUGGAAUUUUCCUCAAGGCUUUGGAUUAAAAGUUAAAAUAGGAAGCUAUUUUCCUUGCUACCAACAGAUACAACAACUUCACAUAUAUAAAGAUAUGGAGUGGGCCACAGGAGGAACUUCGCCAGAAGUUCCCUCAUCCAUGUGUAGAGUGCCAUGUACUGCUGGAUUUAUGAAAAUUCAUCAGCAAGAAACAGCAGACUGCUGCUUUGCUUGUGUUCAGUGCCCAGAAAAUGAGGUUUCCAACGAAACAGAUAUGGAACAGUGUGUGAGGUGUCCAGAUGAUAAGUAUGCCAACUUAGAACAAACCCACUGCCUCCAGAGAGGUUUGUCAUUUCUGGCUUUUGAAGAGCCACUUGGGAUAGCUUUAGGCUUCAUGUCUCUCUCCUUAUCAGCCAUCACAAUUUUAAUACUCGUCUCUUUUGUGAUGUACAAGGAUGCUCCUAUUGUGAAGGCCAAUAACCGCAUUCUCAGCUAUAUCCUGCUCAUCUCUCUAGUUUUCUGUUUUCUCUGCUCAUUGCUCUUCAUUGGACAUCCCAACCAGGCCACCUGCUUCCUGCAGCAGACAACAUUUGGAGUAUUUUUCACAGUGGCUGUUUCUACAGUGUUGGCCAAAACAAUAACUGUGGUCAUGGCUUUCAAGCUCACUACCCCAGGGAGAAGAAUGAGAGGGAUGCUGACAUCGGGGGCACCUAACUUGGUCAUUCCCAUUUGUACCCUGAUCCAACUUGUUCUCUGUGGCAUAUGGUUAGUAACAUCUCCUCCCUUUAUUGACAGAGAUACACAAUCUGAACAUGGGAAAACUGUCAUUAUUUGCAACAAAGGCUCUGUUGUCGCCUUCCAUAUUGUACUGGGAUACUUAUGUUCCUUGGCUCUGGUAAGCUUCACUGUGGCUUUCCUGGCUAGGAACCUACCUGACAGAUACAAUGAAGCCAAGUUCCUAACUUUCAGCAUGCUUGUGUUCUGCAGUGUAUGGAUCACCUUCCUCCCUGUCUAUCAUAGCACCAGGGGGAAGAUCAUGGUGGUUGUGGAGGUCUUCUCCAUCUUGGCUUCUAGUGCAGGGUUGCUAGGGUGUAUCUUUGUCCCAAAGUGUUAUACUAUUUUUGUUAGACCAGAUUCAAAUUGUAUACAAAAGUCCAAAGAUAAUCUGAUUCAUUGA